AUGUACAAACCAGACGAGACGUUAUGCAAGAAGUGCUCGAGAUGGCUGUGUGUUAUGACUGGAUUUGACACAAACCAUCCAGUCAAGUUGCGAUUUGAAAGUGCAGCUUUGAAGCUUGCUGUGAAUGAAGGAGGAAAGCAACAGAAAAAGGAGCGCAACAACGAUAACGACCAAGCGGCCAACGAAUCGACCGAUAGACCUACCGACAGACCGACUGAUCGAGUGAUCCAAAUGAAAUCAAUGGAGAAGACUUGA